AUGUGCAGUGACAACCCGAGUGGGGAGGAGAAUAUGAAUGGCAAUCAGGCCAACCGAGUGAAGGUCCUGUCCAAGGCCCCGCCCCUCCCACUUUCGUGCACUGGGGCAACGGCAGUGCAGGUCACGCGACGGUUGAACCCGUCGACACAAUCACCUCCACAAGACCCGGAACAUGACGCUGAAGAGAACCGAGACGCGAACAACCCAGUAAAGCAGUGA